GAUCUAACGUUUGGAUCGUGCGGUUAUUAUUACCUUUUAGUCAACGUAAGCGCAGAAUUUCAAAUAACAACAUAAAUAGCGUCGGGAUAUGUGUUAAUGAAAUUUAUGUAAAAAAAAAAAAAAAGACAAACAAUUUUUCUUAAUAUUCGACAAAUAUUUCUGGAAAUUCUUGUAAAGAGAAUGCGGUGUAUUCUACUUUGGCUAUGUUUAUUAUUGUUACUUGGCGUCGUGGUUCGCGGAUUGUGGGCUGAUAAUAAGCGUACCUUCGCUGUCGACUGGGAAAACGAUUGUUUUUUAAAAGAUGGUAAACCUUUUCGUUUUAUAGCCGGUUCAUUUCAUUAUUUUCGCGCUCAUCCCGAUACUUGGCAACGUAAGUUACGUACUAUACGUGCUGCUGGUUUGAAUGCGGUCACUACUUAUGUUGAAUGGUCUUUGCACAAUCCGAAAGAUGGUGUUUAUAUAUGGCAGGGUAUCGCCAACUUGGAGCGUUUUAUCGAAUUAGCGAAAGAAGAGGAUUUAUUGGUAAUAUUAAGACCCGGUCCUUACAUAUGCGCCGAAAGAGAUUUUGGUGGCUUUCCCUAUUGGCUAUUGACCAAGUAUCCUAAUAUUCAGUUGCGAGUAGCCAACGUAGAUUACAUGUCGGAGAUACGUACUUGGUAUCGACGUCUUAUGCCGAAAGUAUCACCCUAUCUCUACGCCAAUGGCGGGCCGAUAAUAAUGGUGCAAGUAGAAAAUGAAUACGGUUCCUAUGCCUGUGAUAAAAAUUACCGUUUAUGGCUACAUGAGGAAACUUUAACGUAUGUCGAAGAUAAAGCCGUACUCUUCACUAACGAUGGCGUUAACGGCCUAUCGUGUGGUCACAUCGAUGGAGUUCUAUCUACUUUGGAUUUCGGGGCCACGAGAAAUAUAAAAGAACUUUGGAAAGAGUUGAGACGUAUUCAACCUAAAGGACCGUUGGUAAAUGCUGAAUUUUAUCCUGGCUGGUUAACACACUGGGGUGAAGAUAUGGCGCGAACGCCUAUUAGUCCGAUAAAAGAUACUUUCGAAGCCAUGCUGUCCAGCAAUGCGAGCGUAAAUUUUUACAUGUUUUAUGGCGGCACCAAUUUUGGCUUUACAGCCGGUGCCAAUAAUGGCGGUCCGGGACGUUAUCAAGCUGAUAUAACCUCUUACGACUACGAUGCACCCAUGACCGAAGCUGGCGAUCCCACACCGAAAUACUUCGCUUUAAGAGAUAUAAUAGCACGUUAUUUACCUUUGCCUGAUAUUCCUGUACCGGUUCCUUUACCAAAAAAACAUUACGGAACCGUACAACUACUACGUUGUUGUUCCUUAUUUUCCAAGGCUGGCCGUCACCAUUUAUCGAAAGGUGUGGUGAUGGCAGAUAAACCGUUAACGUUUGAAGCCCUUAAUCAGUAUUCAGGUCUGGUGUUAUAUGAAACAUUUUUACCAUUAUUAAAACGAGAUCCUAGUGUACUUCAUGUACCGGGAUUACGAGAUCGAGCGUAUAUUUACGUAGAUGAUAACUUUAUAGGUAUAUUAGCGCGUGAAACGCCUAUUUACGAUUUACCCAUAACGAAAAGUGCUGGUAGGAAAUUGCAAAUUCUUGUCGAGAAUCAAGGUCGCAUAAAUUAUGGCUAUAUGAUGGACUUUAAAGGUCUAACAAAUAAUGUUACGUUAGAUAAAAAAGUGCUACGAAAUUGGAAUAUGACUAAAUUCCCUUUAGAAUCUUAUGAUGAUAUUGCAAAUUUAAUCAAAAUCGAUGGACCCAAAUGGAACGAUAUCAGUGAGAGCAACAAUAAUGGUAUGCUUAAUAAAGGUCCGGCACUAUAUUAUGGUAAUCUUAAUAUAAACGGCGAAAUAGGUCCAGAAGAUACCUAUUUAGAUGUUAGUGGUUGGAGUAAGGGUCUCGCAUUUAUCAAUGGUGAAAAUAUUGGUCGCUAUUGGCCUUUAGUUGGCCCGCAAAUUACAUUGUAUAUACCUAAAGAAGUACUUAGAAUUGGGACCAACAAAAUCGUACUUAUCGAAUAUCAAAGGGCUUCGCAAACAAAUGAAGUCACUUUCACCGAUGUGCCUAAAUUGGAUGGAUGAGCAGGGCAAGAAGCUAGAAUCGAAUCGAAAGAACUGAAUAAUCUAUAUUAUAUUUUCAGGUUCACCUUAGAAUAAGAACAUCUCUGUAUUAUAAGAAUUUAAUCAAAGUCUCGACAAAAAUUAAAAAAAAAA